UAUGAAAAGAAAAGAGGGACAAAGACAUUCCUUCUGUAUAUAAAUCUGAAGCCAAAACUUAUACCAUAGCUAACGACGUCGUUUCAUCCACCCCACCCCACCCCACCCCCACCGCCACGGCCUACCCGGGGAGUCUCCUCCUUUCAUUUUCUUCAUUGCUUCAGAUCUCUCCAUAUAGGGAAGGGGAUUGAAACAGUUCUUCUUUGUUAUAUAUACAUAUACCUCUUCCUCUCGAUUCAAUAUAUACGUACAUAUAAUGUAUGUGAAUACACAAUCUCAUUGCUGAACUUUUCUCUGGUUCAAUUCGCCGGAAUCGAUUUGUUUCAGCGUAUUUCACUUGUCGGUGAUCCAUAUAGUAGUAUAAUUUUGGGGGAAAAUGGCGGCAGUUUCCGGUCCUCUGACGCCUGGACAGGUGUCAUUUUUGCUUGGAUUUAUCCCCAUCCUUGUUGCAUGGUUAUACUCUGAGUGGUUGGAGUACAAGAAGUGGUUGUUCCCGUCUAAAGUUCAUUCUGAUAAUAAUCUAGUUGAAUUGGAAAAUGCAACAAUCAAGGAAGAAGAUCGAGCUGUCUUGCUGGAAGGAGGUCUGUCAAGAUCUGCAUCUACGAAGUCGUCUAGUUCAUCAAUAAAAACAAAUAUAGUUAGGUUUCUAACGAUGGAGGACUCCUUUUUGCUUGAAAAUCGAGCAACUUUAAGGGCAAUGUCCGAAUUUGGGGGAAUCCUAUUUUAUUACUAUAUCUGUGACCGCACAAACUUCUUCGCAGAUUCUACCAAGAGCUACAAUCGGGAUCUCUUCCUCUUUCUCUAUUGUCUUCUGAUCAUAGCUGCAGCAAUGACUUCUCUCAAGAAACACAAUGACAAAUCAGCAUUUUCUGGAAAAUCCUUGCUUUAUCUUAACCGUCAUCAGACAGAGGAGUGGAAAGGAUGGAUGCAGGUCCUCUUUUUGAUGUAUCAUUAUUUUGCUGCAACAGAGAUAUACAAUGCUAUUCGUGUGUUCAUUGCUGCAUAUGUAUGGAUGACCGGUUUUGGGAACUUCUCUUAUUAUUACAUCAGAAAAGAUUUUAGUCUUGCUCGGUUUGCUCAGAUGAUGUGGAGGCUGAAUUUCUUCGUAAUAUUUUGUUGUAUUGUUCUUAACAAUGACUACGUGCUGUAUUACAUCUGCCCAAUGCACACACUUUUUACUCUCAUGGUGUAUGGAGCCCUUGGCAUUGGCUACAACUACAACGACAAAAGAUCAGUGAUGGCUCUGAAGCUUGUUAUGUGCUUUGUCGUGGUUAUCUUGAUUUGGGAGAUUCCUGGAGUUUUUGAAUUUCUUUGGGGGCCUUUCACAUUUAUGUUAGGGUACACUGAUCCAGCCAAGCCUGAUCUCCCUCGGUUGCAUGAAUGGCACUUCAGAUCUGGGCUGGACCGAUAUAUAUGGAUUAUUGGCAUGAUAUAUGCCUACUUUCACCCUAAUGUUGAAAAGUGGAUGGAGAAACUGGAGGAGUCCGAACCUAAGCGGAGACGAACAAUUAAGACAUCAAUUGUUACUGUUGCUGUAGCUAUUGGGUACUUGUGGUACGAAUACAUAUACAAGCUGGACAAAAACACAUACAACAAGUUCCACCCCUACACGUCAUGGAUUCCCAUAACUGUAUACAUCUGCUUGCGGAAUUUUACUCAGGAGCUACGAAAUUUCUCCUUGACUCUCUUUGCGUGGCUGGGCAAAAUCACCUUGGAAACCUAUAUCUCGCAGUUCCACAUCUGGCUGAGAUCAAACAUACCGAAUGGACAGCCUAAGUGGCUCCUGUCCUUUAUCCCAGAUUAUCCUUUGCUUAAUUUUAUGCUUGUCACUGCAAUAUACGUUUUGAUAUCAUAUAGGCUUUUUGAACUAACCAAUACACUCAAGACAGUUUUCGUUCCCACAAGAGACAAUCAGAAGCUGCUUCACAACUUCAUUGCCGGGAUCGUGAUUUCUGUGUCCAUAUAUUGCCUUUCUUUUAUUCUUCUUCAGAUCCCUCAUUGAUGUGUUGUAUGGCCACGGGUUGGAUGACACAGCACUCUAGAAGAUCUAAACAAGAUGUGGAAAUGAGAAAUCAGUCAUAUUGUUUUUCUUGAAUGGGAUAAAGAUGUUGAUAUUCAAAGCCAGCUUGCAAAGCAUGUAAUUGCCAAUAGUUUUGUGGAAGUAUCACUUGCAGUUGCUAAAUUCGAGCACACAAGCAAUUAGUUUUGGAUUCUGCCUCAAAAUUCCUGCUUCUGCGUGGGACAAUAAUUUGUAUGAUAUCAAUUACCACGUGUAUUCAAUUUUUUGGUUCUCUUUGCCCUUUGCCUUUCAUAGUCAUAUAUGUUCCUCGUUACUUAGUGAUACGAUAAAGAAAUAUAGGCAUGAUAAGUGUACUUGUGUUCUCUACUUAGCAGACUUGAAUUAUUCAUGGCUAAUGCAAUUGUUUUUAUCUCUA